AUGACCACUUUUGCAAAGCAGUUUGCGAGAACAAUGAGUAAAUGGACUCCAGUGAACCCUAAUUUGAGCGCAGAGCAACUGCGUGUUCUCCGCGAUAAAGGCACCGAAAGGCCUAAUACUGGCAAGUUUUUACACAACAAAGAAACUGGUGUGUAUACUUGUGCCAAUUGUGAUCAGCCAAUAUAUGAAAGUAAAACAAAGUUUGAUUCUGGGUGUGGGUGGCCCGCUUUUUACGAUGCGAUACCAGGAUCUUUAACAUUUACAAAGGACGAGUCGUACGGUAUGGUUCGUAUUGAGAUAUGUUGCAGUAAGUGCGGGGGCCAUAUGGGUCAUGUAUUUGAAGGAGAAGGCUGGCAAAAACUUUUAAAUCUUCCAACUGAUCAGCGUCACUGUGUCAACAGCUGUAGUUUAAACUUCAAGAAAGAGACUUAA